AUGAAAGUGAUUAGAUUGAGUAUAUUACUCUUUGCCUGCGUGUUUUGUGUUAUGAUUAAAGCACAAGAAAAUGUCGUUUAUGAUACAAGGUAUUUUAAACACGAUGUGAAUGAAGCAAUUACACCUACAGUUCAACACGUUACCCGUACUGCCAACCAUGCUGGCGGGUUAAAGGAUACUAUUGCCAACUACAUUUAUCACUUGCAUUUUAUGGUGGCUAAGGCUCGUAUCGAAUUAAAAGCACACAACAACAAGAGACCUUCUACUCAAUACUCGAUCCAUGAUAUAAUUUUCCCUGUGACACAAUAUCUUCCUUCUUGGGUCUAUCCUUCUUCUCUAUGGAAAGAAGACCAUGUUUCCCGUAGACGUCAUAUUGCUCGUGUAUUGCGCUCUACGCCUCUCAUUGCUCGUCCUCACGUCGUCGGUGUCCGAGAUAGUGUGAUUGCAUGGACAAAAUCAGCCUCUCAGCAAUUAGAAAACAAUUAUACAACAGCCACGAUUGAAAAGCUUGAUUCUUUACUUCAAUCCGCCGAGGAUUUUGUCAUGGCUGCCACUGAUCCUGAAUUAAUGGACUCGAUAUUUUUAUCUUCUGGUUAUGUUGCAUUAGACGAUGCAGUCACUAGUUUCUUAAAGACCAACAAACAGGACUUUGACUUGGUUAUUCGCUCAAUUAAUCACGAAUUCAACGAUAUUGUCAGUCUUGCUGGUAACUUGCGUCGUUCUUUAGAAAGUGUACGUGACGAUGCAAUUGCACAAACAAAACUUAUUCGCGACGAGUUAUUUGCAUCUCAUAUCGAUCAUCGUUUGCGUCACUUGAACUGGCACAUUCGUACCGAAAUUCAAAACUUGGCACAAGAGUUACGCAAUGUAGAAGGAGAGGAUACAGAAGCAUCAAGAGUUGUAAGGAAGCAUACUGCAGAUUCAUUAAGAACGGAGAUCGAAACAUUGUAUGACAUCAAGAUGACAUUGGAGCGAUCCAAGACGUUCAUCCAUAGUGUCUGGUCAAAUGCUGCUCAUGAAUUAUUGCAGAGUCCCGCUUCUAUUGAUUAUUGGGUGGAUGUGGUAGCUGAAGUGAAAGAAGCUGCCAUGGAAUUGGCAAGAAGUUUGACAAAGAAACAUCAAGCGAGACGUAGAAAACAUUGUACCAAGUGUUCUUGUUAA